ACAGAUGAAAAAUAUCAUUUUACAAUAAAAACCGAUUUAUUGACUGAUUUUCAUGUGAAACAUCGCAAUAAGGUGUUCCUUGUUAGUCCUAGAAAUAUUAUAAGCAACCCAAGAAUUAUGCCAAGUUCACUAGAAGACUAUGAGAUCCUUUAUUCUAUUGGAUCAGGGUCUUAUGGAACAUGCAAGAAGAUCAGACGCAAAAAGGAUGGCAGGCUGUUGGUGUGGAAGGAGAUGGAUUAUGGCACCAUGACAGAAGCAGAGAAACAGAUGUUGGUGUCCGAAGUCAAUCUACUGCGCGAGCUUAAACACAAACAUAUUGUGCGGUAUUACGACCGUAUCAUCGACCGGAGCAAAUCUAUGUUGUACAUCAUAAUGGAAUACUGUGAAGGGGGCGAUUUGUCAACACUCAUCAACAAAUGCAGAAAAGAAGGACAAUAUCUUGAUGAAGACUUCAUCUGGAAAAUGAUGACCCAGAUUACAUCAGCCUUGAAGGAAUGUCACCGACGGAAAGGUGGUCAGGCAGUGCUCCACAGAGAUCUCAAACCUGCAAACGUCUUUUUAGAUGCUACCAGAAAUGUCAAAUUAGGCGACUUUGGCUUGGCUCGAGUUUUACAACACGAGACGAGCUUUGCAAAGACAUUUGUAGGAACACCAUAUUACAUGUCACCAGAACAAAUGAACUAUAUGCAGUACAAUGAGAAGUCUGACAUCUGGUCACUCGGUUGUCUGAUAUAUGAACUCUGUGCCCUCCAUCCACCAUUCACUGCCACUAACCAGAAAGACCUUGCUGUCAGAAUCAGAUUAGGAAAAUUCUCAAGAAUUCCUGUACAGUUUUCAGAAGAUCUCAACAGAAUGAUUGGCAGUAUGCUCAAAAUCGAGGAGGACCAACGACCCACGAUAGAAGAUCUCUUGGAGCACCCCCAGAUCUUGAAACGUACAUCACUGUCUACUAGUGACAAAAAAGAGGACCAAAAGAAAGAGGGAGAGGUGCUGAAACAGCGCGAGGAAGCUUUGAAGACAAGGGAGAAACUUUUAGAGAAGAGAGAGAGGGAGUUGGAAGCUAAACAAAAAAGUUUGGAACUCCGUGAAAGAGUGGUGGAUGAAAAAAUGCAAAGGGCUGAACGAAUGCUUCAAGAAGUCAGGCAAUCACGGUUGAAAACGCGAGACAUUAUGGAAAGUUCUCCAGAUUUCAAAUAUCAAAUCCUCCCAUCAUGCCUGCAAAAGGAAUCCAUACCAAGGCGAGAUGUGACACCUAAGAAAAAAGUUCACUUCAACGAUUUCUCAGAAAAGGAAAAUUAUAACAUGGUGAAUGACAAAUAUCGUGGAGAGGUUGAAAAACGUGAUGGUUUGAAAGAGAGGCUUCACAAGGCAAAGAUUCGUGCUUUGGAACUCCGGAACAUGGAAAUUGAGUCCAAGAUUAAGACGCGACAGCUUCUUGGAUUACGAUGAUCAAAUGUCAUUGCGCAGUGUAUUUGCAUUGAACUUAGUGGCCCAUAAAAAUUGCCACACAAUUUACAAACAGUGAACUCAGUAUUUACAUAUCCAGACACAAGCAUUUUGGGAAGGGGUUUAUUAGCUGCUGGACAGUGACAUCUAUUCCAAAGAGGCGCUGUUGAAUAUGCAAGAGGAUGGAAAGUCUACUCAGUAACUCUCUGUACAUGUACAGUGGACCAGAUAAGUGACUCUGCAUGUAAAAGCUGCACUACCUGCUUUUGUGUAGCAUUAAUGUACAUGCAGAUUUUAUAAUCCAGUUUAAACUGGCUUCAAUCCAUAUGGCCUCUUACAUGUACGUACAUGUACUUACACUGGAGGACACUUCAAGUUCUUGGGCAUUUUUUACUUCAGAUUUUGAUUGCUCAUUCUACAUUUUACAAUCUAUGUACACAUAUAAUCUUGACCAACAGGACAAUGAUACUCUGAUCAUUAAAACGUGCCAUUUUGCCAAGUCAGUCAUUCACUCGAUGUUUGCAAGGGCCAGUGGUUGCCACGAUGCAAGUUUGUUACCAUUUUCUUAUUUGACCUGUUCUCAUUCAUGAUACUUUGAUUUCAUGGGAGGGGGUCAAAUAUGAUAAUGGUAUUAUAACUAAUUGACAAUCCUUAAGCUUUUUGUAUAGAGUGCAACACUUGAAUUCUUUUAAAAAAGCAAAUCUUGAUUCCAAUGUUCUGAUAUAAGGAUAUACAUGUAUUGAGACUAAUUUAUGAGAAGAUGCGUUAAUUUUAGAACUAGUAAAUGUACA